AGCGAUGUUAGUUCAUGUUGAACAACGGGUGAAGACAUAUCUUGCAGGAAGAUGCUCAACUGCUUGCUCCUCAGAUCCUUCCUAUUUUAUUAGUUAUAAUAAGGUACACAAUUCUAUUAGUUUUCCUUGAUUUAUUCAAAAGGCCACCCUUCCAUGAGACCAGUUACGGAUUCAAGAUUUUUCCAAACUAAUUUGGAAAACAACGAGAUUAAUGUCUAGUUCCAUAAAGUGUAAUUAUCAUGCACCAAGUGUUCGACAAGUGCUUAAAAACGUUGGUCCGCCACAGUGAGAUUGGGAGAUUUUGAAAAUAACGUUUGGAACAAAAGUGCCAAAAAAGAUUUACAAACGUGGAGUAAGAAAAUUCGAAAUUGAAUCAAGGUGUGCAUUAUGUGUGUGGAUACCUGCAAAAACUCGUCACGUAAUUCUGAGCAAAAAGUUGUAUAAGAGAAAGAGUUAAAAUUGAAAAGUUUAACGUUAUUUGCAAGAGUGAUGCAGAGAAAAUAAAAAUGAGUUCAUAAUAAUACGUUUCAUAUUGAAAAUUUGUUCAUUAACUGCCAAGUUAUUGAUUGAUCAAGUGAACUGAACUGAAAGUCUACACGUAGGAGUUGUCUGUGUGCUGCUGCUACCGUGCUGUGCCGUAUUAUUAAUGGUGGUCGAAAUCUUGCACGACUUUUUGGAUUUUGAUCGCCAACUGCUGUGCAGAUAGCCAUCCAUCCAUCGCAUCUCAUCUCUGUCUCAAUCUGGACAAUCAAAUAGUCGUCAAAACCACCAUCAACUCAUCUCUUGAUCAUUUUCCCUAUUGAUUGAUCUGCUUCCUCAUCUCACUCCUGCUCUGCUCUUGGUUGGAUUUUCCUUUUUACAUUAAUCCAGUUCUCAGCAACCUUGUUCCCUAAUUUACUUUAUGAAGGAAGUGGAAAUCUUGUGGUGGGUUUAAAACUACGAAAGAUGCAAAAUUGUCUUAUCAUGUGGAUCUCUGGAGUACUCCUAGUUUUUCAACUUUUGAAUCUUGUCGCAGCUCAAGGCGACCCAGAGUUCAAACAUGAAUUACCACCAGGAGUGGAACUGGUCAACCCUAAGGAUUUCGGGCUAACGGAUGAUCAAUUGGGAGGACUCUUGUCGAAUGUGAAGGUUCUCGGGGGAAGCACAAUAGGAGAUACGAAGACUCAAAUUUUAACAGUAGGCUUUGAGGGCGAUGAGGAUUUGAACUUUGACGACUUUGAGAUACCAGGGCUGACCGACAAAAAAGCUGCCGAUAUGCCAGACAAAGAAAAACAAAUCGCAAACGUGGCAUUUGAAAAGUUUAAAGAAUUUUUUAAAGAUCCUAAAAAGUCGGCUAAAAGUUACGAACCCCCAAAAACCAGCCCAGGUGACACGAGUCAACAAACGGGUUCAGAGUUGAAAAGUGGCCGAACUCCACCCAAUAAUAAAAAUAAUAACCCACCUCGUCAAUUUCAUCAGCGAGUGCGACCAAAUCCAGAAUCUCUCCAACAACAUUACCCUGUCCAAUUGACACAACCUUUGAAUCAGAAUCCUACCACGUCUCGAGCCCCAAUUUCAAACCCGGCCCAACAGCGAAAUCCUUCUCGUGCUCAAAACCCAAACCAACAUCAGCAACACUUGAUCCAAAAUGAGAAUCUCAACAACCAUCGACUUCACUACAAUCCACCCCCACAACUUCAAGAGAAUAAUAACAAUCCUCAGCUUCAGUCUGCCCCACAACAUCCUUUAAGACAUUCAUCGCAUGCCAUUGCUUUCACUAACAAUAAUCAACCUAGUCGCCAUCAAAAUCAAGAAUUCAAUGCUAAUAAGUUGCCUCCCACGACACAUAAUCCAGUGAACCAACCACAGUCUCAGUUACCCCCACAAGAACCAUCUCAAGAAUACAGGACUAUUCCUCAAGACCAUCGCGUGCAUAAAACAUUUCCGCCUCAUCCCAAUCAAUUAAAUGGUCCCGAAGGUGGAAAAGUGAAUCCACACCCAUCUCAAAACUCUCUUCCUCCUGGAAAUUUCCAACGAUUUACAAUCUAUUCUCACAAUAAAUCCAUCCCAACUUCGCAACGCCCCUCAUCCACGACUCCUCGUCAACAACAAGAAGUGGGCAAAGUUGUAAGGAAUCAAUUACUGUUUAACCACAAUAAUCAGAAUUCUUACCAAGAAGAUACUCAACGCCCUCAGAAUACACAACGUCCCCACCACCAGCAACAGCAGCAACAACAACAGCAACUACACCACGCUUCACCAAUUGACCUUGUUCCUCCACAAGAGGCAGAUCAAGAAUACAGAACAAUCACCCAAACGCAGUACCCUCAACCACCACCUCCGAGUUUCCAGAACCCUUCCUCUUCUUCAUCCUCCUCCGUGCCAUCGCUUCAACCCUUUCCAUCCCCACAAGACCCCCAGCAAACACCCGUGUCCCACAUUUUCAUCCAGCAUGAAAACCACGAAGGGAGUUCUCCAGUUCAUCAAACCUCAUUCCACCCCAGAUUUCGACCCCCUACGAAAUUCGCGAACGACUUCACCCCAUCCGUUAAUCACAUCACCACUCCGCUCCCACACUUUGACGUGACCCCUUCCAUGCCCAUGAUUCUCAUCUCGACAAACGAGAAUGCUAUCACUGACCCUAAACGAAUGGAAUUGCUGAGACAGCAGCAGAGGACGAUGGAAGAAAAGCGUCAAAAAUUACGCCAGCAACAACAGGAGCAGAAUCCACUCAAAGAUCGACAACCCCACUCUCUUAGCUAUGCCAAACAAGGAAUUGGAACUCAAGCCCCACAUUACAUUAACACUAACCAAAUUACAGAAGAUCCCCAGAAACAAAAUUUGCAAACAUAUUCUUCUCAAAAUGCAUACACCCAACAACAAUACCGACAAUACAGCAAUAGCAAUAACAACAAUGGAAAUACCAACCACCACCAACAUCAGCAAAAUCAUCAUCAUCAGAAUGAACAGCAAACUUCUUUUAAUUUUCAAGCGCAGCAACAGCAACAUCAGUUGCACAAUUUGCAAAAUUUGUACUACAAUACACAGGUCCACCCACAAUCAUCACCUCAAUUGCCACCACGACCAUAUUACGAACAGCAGCAGCAGCAGCCGCAGGCACAACCGAGCACGAAUUAUGCAUCCGUCCCCAUCAGCAACAUCCAGCCCCCACCACCGCUUGUCCCAAGGUUCCAAGUGCGACCAGGCGAACUGCAGCACCCAUUUUACGCCACGCGGCACAAGCGAGGAUAUCGACACAGAUUAUCAAGCAUACUCCGAGGACUUUGGGGAGAUGGAGACUAUAAAUAAGUCACACAGUCAAAAUAUAUAUUUUUCUUCAAUUCCUUAUGCCUAUCACUUUCCCUGCUAACGAAUUGGGCGUUGCUGUAACAAAUACCUUUGUUCCUAAAAUUUUACUUUCAUUAUUAUUGUACAUUUAUUUAUAGUGCGGUGAUGAGUCUGCCCGGAAGGACAACGAUUGUACUAUUUCUUGACACUUACUCUCUUAUCUAUUUUUUAUACGUCGAGUCAGAAACGAAACAACUGAAAUGCAAUAACCUAAGUGAAAAAAAUAUUUUAUGUAUUUGUAUGAAAUGAAUGAAUAAAUAAGAAAUAAUAAUAACGGAA